UUUCAGUCUCUCAGUCUCUCUCUCUAACCAUGGCGACCCCGGCGUACAGAGACGACCUCCACACCAUCCUCUCCGAGCAACGCCACGAACUCAUGGCCGCCAAAACCCUAGACUCCGACCUCGACAUCGCCUUCUCUCUCCAAAUGCAGGAAGCCAUGUCCGCCUCCCUCUCCCACCACCCCUCCUCCUCCUCCCGCCCCCCUCCUCCGCCUCCGCUGCCCCUCCACGACGACACACUCGACCUCUCCGCCGCGCUCAUGCUCGAAGACAUCGAGAAAUUCGCGCAGGAAUACGAGGACCACGAGCGCUCCCUCCUCGAAGUCCGCAAGGCCAAGGAAGACCUCGACCGGAGAAUCCACGACCAGAAUUUCGCCGCCGAGGUCCGCGACGCGCCGGAGGACUACUGGAGCGAGUACGGCGAUAACUACGAGAAGCCGUACUAUGCCGACGGAGGCGGUUCGUCGUCGGCGGCGGUGGAGAGUGAGUGUUUGAGGCUGUAUUGUAAGGGCUUGGUUGGAGAAGAGGUGGUUAGGGACUCGAAGGUGGUGGUGGCCGGAGCUGGGGUGGCGAUAUGUGAUCCUAGAGAUAAUCUGAUUUUCGAGGCGAGGAAGAUUCUGGAGGCGUUUGAUGGUGGUGUGGUGAUGAGCAAUGAGGCUGUGGAGAUUGAGGCUCUAAUUGAAGGGCUCAAUACUGCUCUUAGUUUAGAAUUGAGAAAUGUGACAUUUUUCUGUGAUGGAUACAUGCUUUACCAAUAUGUUACAGGCAGAGUAGUUCCUGGGAACAGCAAGAUGGCAACAUUAGUCAAUCAACUGGGACUUCUACGAAGAAAAUUUGAAUAUUGCAGCCCUUCUCUUGUGGCGCGUAGUGACAUUAAGUUUGCAUUUCAAUUUGCAAGAGAGGCUAUAGUUUCUCAAAUCACCUGGCCCGCAGAAACUAGCAAUGGGAAAUCUUUGAAGGAAACUUGUGUAAUCUGUUUUGAGGACACUGAUGUUGGUAAAAUGUUUUCAAUUGAUGGUUGUCUGCACAGAUACUGCUUUACUUGCAUGAAACAGCAUGUAGAAGUUAAGUUGCUUAAUGGGCAGAUGGCACAGUGCCCUCAUGAAGGCUGUAAAUCUGAGGUCAAUAUUGAAAGCUGCGCACAAUUCUUGGCACCUAAACUAGUUGAGGUUAUGAGCCAAAGAAUCAAAGAAUCAUCUAUUCCUGUCACAGAGAAAGUUUAUUGUCCAAAUCCCAGGUGUUCUGCAUUAAUGUCCAAACAGGAGGUGUUGCAAUAUACAAACAGCUAUUAUGCCGGUGCUGAACAAUCUGGAGCCAGGAGAUGCAUGAAAUGCCAUUCCUAUUUUUGUUUUAAUUGCAAAGUCCCAUGGCAUUCCAAUAUGACUUGCUAUGAUUACAAAAGAUCACAUCCUUAUCCGCGUUCAGAAGAUCAGUUGCUGAAAUCUUUGGCUACAAAGAAACGCUGGCGCCAGUGUGUUAUGUGCAAGAAUAUGGUAGAACUUGCAGAAGGUUGCUACCACAUUACCUGCAGAUGUGGCUAUGAGUUCUGCUAUACUUGUGGAGCUGAAUGGGAUAACAAGAAACCAACAUGUUCCUGCCCUAUCUGGGAUUUGCGCAACAUUAUACGUGAACAGCCACAACAAGUCCUGCCCAUUAUACGUGAGCAACCACGGCAGGCGCCCCAACAAGUGCAGCGUCCCAUCAGACGUGAACACCAACGACAAGGACAGCCCAUUGGACAUCAUCAACCUCAAAGAUUUCAAGUGCAGCAGCCCAUUAUUCCACAACAAGUACCAUAUGUCAUACAUGAACAGCCACAUCAAGGACAUGUACGUGUGCAGCUGCAGCCCAAUAUACAGCAGCAGCAACGACAACCUGUUGUACACGAACAGCCACGACAGGCACAGCCCAUUAGACGUGAACAGCCACGACAGGUACGGCAACAACUGGGUUAUAACUACUUCGAACGACCAAGACAGGCACAGCCCAUUAGACGUGAACAGCCACGACAGGUACGGCAACAACUGGGUUAUAACUACUUCGAACGACCAAGACAGGCACAGCCCAUUAGACGUGAACAGCCACGACAGGUACGGCAACAACAGGGUUAUAACUACUAUGAACCGCCAAGACAGGCACAGCCCAUUAGACGUGAGCAGCCACGACAGGUGCGGCAUGAAGAGCCAAGACAAAUGCAUCAACAUCAGGAUUAUGACUACUAUGAACAGCCAGGACAGGUACCGCCCCAAGAUGAUUACGAUGAUUAUGACUACUAUGACUAGGUGGAUCAGACUAAAAGAGGUUCAGGCUAAUAUCCUUGUUCCGUCUCCUUUUCUUUGAUUUCUUCAUAAUGGUUAGCGUUGUAUUCAUUUCUCCAAGAACAUGAAUCUUUUUGGCUAAUAUCCUUGAGCAUGAUUCUCUCUCCCUCC